CACGCCCAUUUGGAUCUGCUUGUCAGUGCUGAGAAAAGCGUUUCACCGACAGCACAGAAAUGUCUCCGAUAAAGGACUUUAAUGUGACUUAUGAAGCGAUCAACGAAGCUGAUACUUUUUCUGUAGGGGAUACUAUAGUUGGAACAGUUAGUUUCAGACUGACAAAAGCCGUCAAAGUCAAGAGCGUUUCUGUAAAGGCCAAAGGAGACGCAAACGUACACUGGUCAGAAGGAAGUGGAGAUGACGAGAGAUCGUACAGUGAUCACAGGAGAUAUUUCAAAGUGAAGGAACUCUUAGUUGCAGAAAAUGCUAAAGGCAUUUCACUUCCCCAAGGGGUCCACCUUUUUAAGUUCAGGCUUAAAAUCCCAGAAGGGAACAUGCCAUCAUCCUUCACAGGAGCCCAUGGAAAAAUUGUCUACAUGGUUGAAGCAAAGAUAUCCAGGAGCUGGCGAUGGCCUUCUAUAAUACAAAAAGAGAUCAAGUUUGUUUCUAAGGCAUUUCUACAGACUCCUCAAGUAAUGUGUCCACAAUCUUGUACAGUGAGUAAAAAGAUGAGUGGUCUCUCCAAGGGACAGGUCCAAAUGUCUGCUACUAUUAACAGAGCAGUCUGUUUUCCAGGUGAAACUUUAUCUGUUGUCGCCAAAAUCUGCAACUCUUCUUCCAAAGACAUGAGGCCCAAAUUCAAACUUCAGCAGAAAAUAGUGUACCGUGCUGGUAGCUCUUCUACGUCCAGUGAGAAAACUCUAUUUAAAAUGGCCGGGGAGAAUAUAAAUCCAAACUCAGAGGAAAGUGUCUCCUGCCAAGUGAAGAUUCCCGUUGAUGUCAUCAUCCUCCAUGACUGUGAAAUCAUCUCAGUGGAAUAUUACGUCAAGGUGUAUGUGGACAUUAGUUUUGCCAUUGAUCCAGAGGUGGUGUUUCCACUGGUCAUCGUUCCUCCCAGUUCUGCUGCCUUUCAGCCUGGUGAGGCUCUGGGGCCUUGCCCACCUGGGACAGCCGGGGCUCCAAGCUACAGCGACUUCACUUCCUUUAACCAGUGGCCACAAGGUGCCCCACCAUAUGGGUUCUCAGCUCCAGCGUUUGCAUCAUCCUCAGUACAAUGUCCAGGAUCUACUGCUCUGCCUCAGUCUCAGCAGGAAGAACCACCUCCAUCGUAUACGUCUCUUUAUCCUCACCAUAAUGAACAACCAUAGAAGCUCAACUGGAUACUGAGCAAAUGAAUGAACUAAAUGUUAAUAGUAAGUGACACCUCAAAAAUAACUCUUGGGAGUAUGGGCUAAUGAUUCUUCAGUUGGGUUUGGAAAACAGACAUCAGUGUAAAAUUCUGAAAGCCGAGAUAAGAGACAAGAAAAUUGGUUACCACAUGUGUGCGCCUUUGGUGGGUGCUGAGCUUCUUGUUGGUCAAUUAGCAGGACAGCACGAGGCCUUACAGCUGUUGUCACAUGAGAGAACUCAAAGUUGCAUACAAAAAAUUUAGUUUUUGAUACUGUACUAAUGAAACAAAGAAAAGACAGCACAUAGCUGAUGAUGAUAACUAGUUUGCAAGUGGAAUGGAAAAGGUGCUGCUUUAAGACUGGCAUUCACUUAAUAAUUUGUUUUUGUUCAGGAGUAUGUGCCUGCAGGUAAACAGUGAGUAAGCCAAUGAUUUGUUGUGAAUUUUACCUCCAUGCUGUCUUUGUUACAACCAUGAUAAUUGGAGUUUUCUGUUUUUUUUUGUGGGGUCUUUAUCUUACAAUAGAAAGUGCCUUGAGGCAACUGUUGUUGUUAUUUUGCCGCUAUAUAAAUAAAAUAUACCUGCUUCUUGUCUGCUGUCACUGGGUUUUAUAGUAGAGUCAUCAGAAACUUGUUUAUGCCAGUCAUUUCCAAGAAAGUGUAGUCAUGUGUCUCUUCAUAGGUUGUUACUCUUUAAAAGGUUUAGUUGAAACAUUUACUAGCACAGAGAUAAGUUCAUAUCCAGAUGCACAUACAUUGUAUUUAUAAUACAUGUGAGAACAUCUUUUUUAUGCCACUUAUAUUACUUUAUUUCCUUUCUUUGUUUUCACACCAAACUGGAGGCCAAUAAAGGGUCUGCUGCAGUUCAGUGGCUUCCUUCUGGUGGCCACACUUUAACAAAAAUCAUACACUCCAAAAUCCAAGUGUCAUUUUAUCUUGACGUUUCCUUUGUUAGAUUUUAUCUGUGUAUGUAUUUGUUGAAUUCCUUUAUAAUUUUAUCCCAUAAUACGUUUUAAACUGGUUAUCAUCUUUGUAAUUUUUCCUAGGUUGUCAUUUUUAUUAUGUUUGUCCAUGUGAGUCUUAUUUUUUGAAAUUACAAUGUACAUGUGUUUGCCUGGAAAGCACUUUGGCUCAACAGCUGUUGAUUUAAAUGCACUAUAAAAAUAAAAUCGACUUGACGUAUGUUAGUUAUGUUAGUUAGUAUUAUGCUCAUUCAUUUAAGAUAAAAUGAGGAGGCCUUUUCACAGUUUUAUACUUAGUAGUAUACUAAGAGUCUUGUAUAUUUUAUCUUUAAUAAUAUUUAAUUGUUAAAAAAUUCAGCGUGGGCUGUGGCUUAUGCUUUUGGUGUGUGAUUCUGCUUAUUUUCUGUGUCAUUUGUAAACACAACACUGGUUCAUCCCCUUGACUUGGGUGUAUUUUCUUAUGUUUACGUAUCAUCAAAUAAUACCAACAGUUGUCUCAAGGUAUUUUAUAUUAUUUAUUUAUUUUAUUGUGUUUAUUUUUAUGAUACCUGUCUUGCACAAGUAUGGUCCUGCUGUUGUAAGGCUGGUAUUGAUUUAUUAAUUGAGUUCUUUUUCUGUGAAUUUCACUUUCCCUUUUUUUAAUUGUCUUUCUUACAUUGUAACCAUGUUAACCUUUGCUUCUUUUCUGUUGUCAGUGGGUUUCAUAAUAGUGUCAUCGGACACUUGUUUAUGCCAGUAAUUUCCCAGAAAGAGCAGACAUUUGUCUCGUAAUGGGUUGUUACUCUUUGAACAGUGUGGUUGAAACAUUUGCUAGCACAGUGAUAAGUUCCAUUCUUAAAACUGUAUAUUUUUUUUAGGCCACAGUGAUUUGGAUAAGCUCUGCAUCAGCAAACAGUGUGUUGACUACAAGUGGAUUCAAACUGCAAUUCUGUUUGUGAUGAACCUAUAUUGCCUGUGCAAAACAGAUUAACAUGUAAUCACUUGCUAAGAAAGCAAUGGGAAGUCAGGCUUGUUUAUAGAAUGCAAUUCAUAUGCAAUGGUAAUUUGAAGAGCUUUGUAUAUGAUGAAUGAAAGGAAAUUAAAAA